UACAUUUUCUUAGUAUACUGUUCCUGUUUCUAUGUUGCUGUGACCCAGUUAUUUUGUUAACAAAAAGCCUAACAAAAGGAUAAACACAUUAGAGCAUAUAACAACAGAUUUUUUAACACCAUCGGCUUUUCAGUGUAAAUAAAAGCUUCAGGGCUGAUUUGCAUUACAGCAAUCAAUUCCCCAGUAAGUAGCACAAUAUGAUGAAUUUCCAGCCCUCUUUAUUUAUAUUUUUUUCAUGCAAGUUUAAGCGCAUGUCUUAAAAACAGUCUCUGAAUAUGUCCGAGAUGUGCGGGGCAGAGAAUACAGAGGUGUUGCUGUCACCUGUGGCCGCGCACUCACCUGUGGCUGCUGCAUUGCAUCAGCCGCUCGGAUCCAAUGGCAAAGGCCCAACAAAGGGCUGGUCUAGAUUGACAGCAUUAACAACCAAUCAAAACGUGUUCAUGGCCCAGUCCUGGCACUUACAGCCAAUUGUGGGUGUCGGUGGGCGGGCCCACCUGAUGUGCUGUUUUCACCCUGUUUUUGGAUUUACACAACUUGUGUACAGAGUCGAGGAGGAGUACAGAGGACCUUUGAAAAUGGACACUUCCCUGACAGCUGAUCAGAUUCGCAAGAAGUUCAUCAAGUUCUUCCAGCAGCAUGAUCACCAGUAUGUGCAUUCAUCCUCCACCAUCCCCCUGGAUGACCCAACGCUGCUCUUCACCAAUGCAGGCAUGAACCAGUUCAAGCCCAUCUUCUUGGGUACUAUUGACCCUUCGCACCCCAUGGCCAGGCUCCAGCGUGCAGCCAACACACAGAAGUGCAUCCGUGCUGGCGGCAAACACAACGACCUGGAUGACGUGGGCAAGGACGUCUACCACCACACCUUCUUUGAGAUGCUGGGUUCCUGGUCAUUCGGGGACUAUUUCAAACACCUGGCCUGUGAGAUGGCCUUGGAGCUGCUGACCAAGGAGUUUGGGAUCCCCCUCGAGCGCCUCUACUUCACCUACUUUGGUGGCCACUCUGAGGCAGGGCUGGAGCCAGACUUGGAGUGCAAGCAGAUCUGGCUGAAUUUAGGUGUGGAGGAGAGCCGAAUCCUGCCGGGAAGUAUGAAGGACAACUUUUGGGAGAUGGGCGACACGGGGCCGUGCGGACCGUGCAGCGAGAUCCACUUUGACCGUAUCGGCGGACGGGAUGUCGCUCACCUCGUCAACAUGGACGACCCCAAUGUUCUGGAGAUCUGGAACUUGGUGUUCAUCCAGUUUAACCGGGAGUCGGAGACAGAACUGAAGCCCCUCCCCAAGAAGAGCAUCGACACAGGAAUGGGUUUGGAGCGCUUGGUCUCCAUCUUGCAGAAUAAGAUGUCCAACUACGACACAGACCUGUUCGUCCCUUACUUUAAGGCCAUUGAGAAGGGUACGGGUGCCAGGCCAUAUGCGGGAGCAGUUGGAGCAGAAGACAGUGAUGGCAUUGAUAUGGCUUACCGUGUGCUCGCAGACCACGCUCGCACCAUCACCGUCGCCCUCUCGGAUGGAGGGCGUCCCGACAGCACAGGCAGAGGGUAUGUGUUGAGGAGGAUCUUGCGCCGAGCCGUGAGGUACGCCCACGAGAAGCUGGGAGCCCAGAGGGGCUUCUUUGCCACCCUGGUAGAUGUGGUCGUGGAGUCACUGGGAGACGCAUUCCCCGAGCUCAGAAAAGACCCUGACGUGGCGAAGGACAUCAUUAAUGAGGAGGAAGCACAGUUCCUGAAAACUCUAAGUAGAGGCAGACGUAUUCUUGACAGAAAGAUCCAGAGUCUGGGAGACCGCAGUACGAUCCCAGGUGACACUGCCUGGCUGCUGUACGACACCUAUGGCUUCCUGGACCUGACUGCCCUCAUCGCAGAGGAGAGGGGCCUGGGGGUGGACUUGGAUGCGUUUGAGGAGGAAAGGAGAGCCGCUCAGGUGAGGUCGCAGGGAAAAGGCUCCGGAGACGAGGACCGCAUCAUGUUGGACAUAUAUGCGAUCGAAAAGCUGCGCGACAUGGGCCUCCCCGCCACUGAUGAUUCCCCCAAGUACAGAUACACGUCCGACAGCGACGGCAAAUACGUGUUCGAGCAGGCCUCGGGCACUGUGCUGGCGCUGAGGAGGGAGCGCGCGUUUGUGGACGAGGUCGUCACGGGCCAGGAGUGCGGCGUGUUGCUCGACAGAACCUGCUUCUACGCCGAGCAGGGAGGGCAAACCUUUGAUGAGGGCUACAUGCUGAAGGAGGAGGACUCCGCUGAGGACAAGAUGGAGUUCACCGUGAAGAACACCCAAAUCCGAGGGGGUUAUGUGUUGCACGUGGGGACGGUGUAUGGUACCCUGAGGGUGGGGGACCGCGUCACGCUGCAUCUCGAUGAGGCACGCCGGCGGCCCAUCAUGAGCAACCACACAGCUACGCACAUCCUGAACUUCGCCCUACGGGAGGUCCUCGGGGAAGCAGACCAGCGGGGGUCCCUGGUGGCACCCGAACGCCUUCGCUUCGACUUCACCGCUAAGGCUGCCCUGACCACGGAGGAAGUGCAUCGAACUGAAGAGAUUGUGUGCGCUGUGAUGCGUGAUGCUAAGCCGGUGCAUGCUAUGGAAGCCCCCCUAGCUGCAGCAAAGGCCAUUCAGGGUCUCCGUGCAGUGUUCGACGAGACGUACCCUGACCCGGUCCGUGUGGUUUCCAUUGGGAUCCCUAUACCGCAGCUGCUGGCUGACCCAAGUGGUGCUGCUGGAUCUCUCACCUCCAUUGAGUUCUGUGGUGGAACGCACCUGCAGAACUCCAGUCACGCUGCCCCUUUUGUCAUUGUAUCUGAGGAGGCAAUUGCCAAAGGUAUCCGUCGCAUCACCGCGGUAACAGGAAUGAAAGCGCUGAAGGCCCAGAGGAAGGCUGACACCCUCAGGCUGUGUCUCGUCACUCUGGGCGAGGAGGUCAGGUCGCAAAGUUCCCCUAACAAGGACAUCCAGAGAGAGAUUGCAGACUUGAACGAGUCUUUGGGCACUGCGGUUAUCUCUCAGUGGCGGAAAGACAAGAUGCGGGAGGCCCUGAAGGAGCUGAAGAAAACUAUGGAUGACCUAGACCGAGCCAGCAAAGCUGACGUGCAGAAGAGGGUUUUAGAGAAGACAAAGCAAUUGAUUGACAGCAACCCCAACCAGCCCUUGCUUGUUGUGGAAAUGGAGAGCGGAGCAUCCGCCAAGGCCCUCAAUGAAGCUGGAAAGAUGCUGAAGACCCACUCCCCUAAGACUGCUGCCAUGCUCUUCAGCAUUGACAGUGAGGCUGACAAGAUCCUCUGUUUGUGCCAAGUGCCACAGGAGGUGGCAGACCAGGGCCUGAAGGCCAGCGAGUGGGUUCAAGAAGUAUGCCCCCUGCUGGAUGGUAAAGGUGGUGGCAAGGACACGUCUGCACAGGCAACGGGCCACAACGCGCACUGCCUGCAGGAGGCGCUGCAGCUUGCCAGCAAAUUUGCCCUUUCGAAGCUCAAACCGCAGAACUAGAGCUCUCCGCCCAGCGGCGCGAACGGUCUGAUGGGACGGUCCGCAUAAGAACGCAAAGCCAGAGCUGUAGGCGCAGACAGCUUUGCUUUGCCACCAAGUCGGCGCUUCACCCGUAUCUGUAUUUGUUGUGAAAUUAUUAACCCUUUGCGUUUUGCUCCUGCGUAACUGAAAUGGAAAAAUAUGCCUUUGUGGUGGGUGUGGUUUUACAGGUACGUUGUUGAGCAGUUUUACGGAUGAUCUGCCUUUACCAUUUCAUGUAACGUUAGCAUGUUGUAAUCAAUCUCCACCUUUCCGUUUCCGAUCUUCAUAUGAAAUUUUAAGACGUUAUGGUACGCGCAGUGCAGCACGUCUGUGCUAAGUCAUGCGUGCAGUUCAGAACUGAUUCAGUAACAUCCUUAUGGGUUCUUUCAUGUAUCAAAUUCAGGUAAAAGAUUCAUCAUAAUAGAAAACAUUUCUUUCAUGUUUGAUAAUUGAACGUCUUUAGCGAUCGAUCAUCAGGCUGCUCUCAGAUAAGGAGGACAAAAGAAUACCUUGACCACCAAA